AACUGCUAAUCUGCAUUGGCACUUGCGUCUUAUAGUGAUUGCCUCGCCGUAUGGUAGAUAAGAUGGAAAGUCCUGUAGUGAUAUGUCAUGAUAGGUAAAUGUUAGGUACCUGACUUGUUAGUUUCAACCCUGUUGCUAGAAGGUGCCUCCUCUCGUAGACCAAAGUUUCCCAAAGUUUCCCGCAAUAGACCCAAUGAUCAAACAGGUCCAAAGUAAAACCUUACAACAUACAAACUAAAGCAGAUACGCUGAUUAACGCCUACUGAAGCGCAAAACUUGUUAUCUUCUCUAAUUCACCUGCUAGGAGCAAGAGCGAAUCCCAUCUAUCAUCAUGGACCACACGGACAAGCAUCCUGAAUCGUCCCUUCCAUACCCCUUAGAGUCGACAAUCCCAGCAAGCCCCGAUCUGAAGCCAAAAGGACCAGCAAAACCAGUCGGGCACAAGAAAUACCACGCGAAACUAACACGCAAGCAUAUCAGCACGCCCGAUGACCCGUACGCAUUCCUGAAGCACUUCGAUACUAUCUUCCUUAUUGACGACUCCAAGUCGAUGGAAAAGCACUGGGGCGAGGUCGGCAUGUUGCUCGAGAAGAUUGCGCCGAUAUGCACGGAGCGCGAUCCAAACGGCGUAGACAUCUACUUCGUGAAUCACCGCCCGCGCGGCUACCUCAUGUAUGCGGCUCUAGGAUUGGGUGCAGACCGCUCCGGGUACCUGCACAUUGGGCAGUCAGUCGGAGUGCCGGGGAUGCGUGACAACGUGGCGGGAAUUUUCGGCAGCAUUAAGAAAUUUGGAAGUCACUGCCGUCUCGACCGUCGGCUUAGCUAUAUCCUCGACCGAUAUGUGCAUGAAUAUGAACGAAGCCGCCGAGACAAGGGUGCAGGGGCGGGCAAUACCGUUAGGCCGCUCAAUCUUAUCGUCAUCACCGCCGGCGUGACGGACGAUAACCCGUACGACACGCUGAUUCGCACAGCGCGGAAGCUGGACGUGUUAGGCGCACCACCGUAUCAAGUAGGUGUGCAGUUCUUUCGCGUAGGCGACGAUGAAGGUGCACGUCAAGCAUUCGACUUCGCAGACGACGGCUUGAGUGACGCAUUCGAUAUCAGAGAUAUUGUUGAUACAACGACGUGGGGCGGGAAGAUGGGUGAUUUAUCACCCGAUGCCGUGUUAAAAGUCGUACUUGGAGCGGUGGAGAGGUCUAUUGACAAACAGAAGGAGUAGCAUAUAAUACGUCCAAGCUACAUAUGCUGCAAUCCAGGGUAUCUAAGCUCUCUUUCGCCAAGAAAGGGUAUGAUAUGUAAAAUUCUUCCACCAGGAACCCGCUGCUUUAGAUCGAGUCCAAAAAUAUAUCAAAGGCUUUAAAAUACCAGGUCAUCCUUCGCUAACUCUAG